GGUAAGAUUUGGAUAGUGAAGUUGUGUUUAAACUCUUUCAAUCUUGAUUAAAGUAGGUUAGAUCAUUCUUUAACCUUUGGAAAGUCUCUGUAUGCAUUUUUUUUUUUUUUUUAUGAAUGGUUUGAUAAUGAGAUUGAUGCAAUGAUGGAGAUUGGAGGAAAUGAAUUUUGUUAAUGCAAUUAUAUGAGGCUUUUAUCUCAGUGGGAUAUACAAAAAAUGGACUAAGGUGUGAUCAAAGUUCAUUUGGUAAGAUUCGUACUUGCAAGCCUUUGUAAGUAAUAAGUUUAAAAUGGAGGUUCCUCUAUUGGAUGAGACGGUCGAGGGUGCAGUUGGUUACAAUGGCAACCCAGUCUGUAGAUCCAAUUCCGGCGGCUGGAGAUCUGCCUCCCUCAUUAUAGGAGUGGAGGUUGCUGAGAGAUUUGCCUACUAUGGAGUUUCCUCCAACUUGAUUAACUUCUUGACGGACCAGCUUCAGCAGUCAACGGUCACGGCAGCUAAGAAUGUCAAUGCCUGGUCCGGUACCGCCUCCUUGCUACCUUUACUCGGUGCCUUUCUGGCUGAUUCAUUCCUUGGACGAUACUGGACUAUUGUUCUUUCGUCUGCCCUCUACAUUCUGGUUCUUCCACUACUUUAUCCUCUUGUUUUGUGUGCUUUCUUUUUCCAUUCUCAAUUCCCAACUAUAAAGUUUUACAAGAGGAUGCAAGGCCUUGGGUUGUUGACCAUGUCUGCAUUGAUACCUUCUCCAAGCACUUCUGCCUGCCAACAGACUGAAAAAUCCUUACCAUGUUCUCCCAAUCUUUUCCAAGUUAUUUUGUUUUUCUUCUCCUUAUAUUUGGUCGGAUUGGCUCAAGGGGGACACAAGCCUUGCGUCCAAGCUUUUGGAGCUGACCAAUUUGAUGGACAACAUCCAAAAGAGAGCAGAUCUAAAAGCUCUUUCUUCAAUUGGUGGUAUUUUGGUAUAUCUUUGGCCACAUUUGCAACUGUUAAUAUCUUGAACUAUGUGCAAGAUAAUCUCAGCUGGAGUCUUGGUUUUGGAAUUCCUUGUAUUGCUAUGGUUUUAGCACUUGUAGUCUUCUUGCUUGGAACUAGGACGUACAGGUUCAGUAACAGAGGGGAUGAGGAAAAUCCAUUUGUAAGAAUUGGACGGGUGUUUGUCACUGCAGUAAAGAAUUGGCGAGUGAAUUCUUCAGAAAUGGCUCAUGAAGAGGAAAUCCGUGGCCUGUUACCUCACCAUAGCUCUAAACAGUUGAGGUUUCUCGAUAAAGCUUUGAUCACACCUAAUAGUUUGAAGGAAGACGGUCGUGCAUGUAGCAUAAGUGAAGUUGAGGAAGCAAAAGCAGUACUGAGGCUUGUUCCAAUAUGGGUGGCAUGUUUAGCAUUUGCUAUUGUAUUCUCUCAGUCAUCAACUUUCUUUAUAAAACAAGGAGUCACAAUGGACAGAUCUAUAACUUUUGGGUUUGAAGUACCCUCUGCUUCACUUCAAUCAUUUAUUAGUCUAUCCAUUGUCAUUUCCCUCCUGAUAUACGAUCGCAUACUCAUUCCAAUUGCUAGAAAUUUCACUGGAAAACCUUCUGGAAUUACAAUGCUACAAAGAAUUGGAUUUGGGAUGCUAUUAUCUGCUAUUUCCAUGGUCAUUGCUGCAUUAGUUGAGAUUAAAAGGCUGAAAACAGCUCAAGAAUAUGGUUUGGUUGAUCAGCCUAAGGCGACUGUUCCUUUGAGUAUAUGGUGGCUGGUUCCUCAGUAUGUACUGUUUGGAGUUGCCGAUGCUUUCACCAUGGUUGGGUUGCAGGAGUUUUUUUAUGACCAAGUUCCGAGUGGAUUAAGAAGCAUUGGUCUCUCCUUGUACUUGAGUAUUUUUGGGAUUGGCAACUUUUUAAGUAGCUUUCUCAUCUCCGCCAUUGAAAAAUUAACUAGUGGGGAUGGGAAACAAAGUUGGUUUGACAAUAAUCUCAACAAAGCUCAUCUCGAUUACUUCUACUGGUUGCUUGUAGGGCUUAGUGUUAUUGGGUUGGCUGCUUUCGUAUUUUGUGCAAGAACUUACAUCUAUAAUAAGGGGAACACCACGUAAGUGUAAGUAUAAUUUGGUAAGGUGUAUUUGGUUUGAGGAGUAAGAGAAAUUGGAGUUGGGAAGUAAAAGUAGUAAACUCUAGUCUCGUUUGUUCUAAGGGGAUUUGUUGAUCCCACUAUUGAAAACAUCAAAUUUUUAUAUUAUCAAUUAUUUACGUCGUGACCGUGGGUUUGAGUGUUCACGAAACCCAAGAUUUCAGGAUUCCUCAAAGCUCACUAUUCCAUUGCUUACCUAAAAUGCAUCUUUAUGUACUGUAAUGUAUUUGAAUUUUUAGGAA